ACCAGCUACGACUAACCAGGCUAAAGUUAGCCUGCGAGCUAACGACCUGCAAACGAACCAGACUGAACUAUCUGGUUUUUAACGAGGGGGAAAAUGGUGAAACAGACGAUACAGAUAUUCGGUCGCAUUAAACCCAAUAAGAAAACUACGGCGGUGUACUCCGUGGACAAUGAGGAACAGACAGGUGCUUCUCUGGAGUUUGUGGUGCCCAGGGACUUGGCUGAUGGCUUUGUUAACAACAAGAGGGAAUGCUACAAAUUCAGGUUCCAAAAGGUGUUUGAUCAAGCCACCAAACAAGAAGAGAUAUUUGAACACAUUGCCAAACCAGUAGCAGACAGUGUAUUGGCUGGCUAUAAUGGCACCAUAUUUGCCUAUGGCCAGACAGGCAGUGGGAAGACCUUUACCAUCACAGGAGGUGCCCAGCGUUACAAUGAUCGGGGAAUUGUUCCUCGGACCCUGUCCUACCUGUACGAACGCUUCAGCCAGGACAGCAACAUGGUUUAUACCACGAACAUCUCCUACCUGGAGAUCUACAAUGAGGUGGGAUAUGACCUUCUGGAUUCCCGACAUGAAGCAUCUCGACUGGAGGACCUACCAAAAGUAAUGAUCAUGGAGGAUCCAGAUCAGAACAUCCAUCUCAGGAACCUGUCAAUGCAGCAGUCAGCAAACGAGGAGGAGGCUUUGAAUCUGCUCUUCUUGGGGGACACCAAUCGUAUGAUUGCAGAAACUCCCAUGAACCAGGCUUCCACUCGCUCGCACUGUAUUUUCACUGUGCACUUAUGCAGACGUGAGCCCGGCUCAGCCACCGUGCGGCGAUCCAAGCUCCACCUAGUGGACCUGGCUGGCUCGGACAGAGUUAGCAAGACUGGUCUAAACGGGCAACUGCUUACAGAGGCCAAGUAUAUCAACCUGUCCCUCCACUACUUAGAGCAGGUGAUCAUAGCAUUGUCAGAGAAGAAUCGCUCCCAUAUUCCCUACAGAAAUUCCACGUUGACGUCUGUUCUGAGGGACAGUCUCGGGGGCAAUUGCAUGACCACCAUGAUUGCCACUUUGGCCGUUGACAGAAGAAACCUUGAUGAGUCCAUCUCUACUUGCCGCUUUGCUCAGCGUGUGGCUCUCAUCAAGAAUGAGGCGAUAUUGAAUGAAGAACUGGAUCCUGCCCUGCUGAUAGCACGUUUGAAGAGGGAGGUCCUGUCACUGAAGGAAGAGCUGGCCAUGGUAACAGGAGAGCAGAGAGAUGACCAGCUAACUGUGGAGGAGAUCCAGAAGUUGGAAAAGCAAGUCAAGGCUUUUCUAGAUGACACUGAUCCAGACUUCACUCUGUCAUUAGGACCAGACAUGAGAAAAAUCCAGUACUGUUUCUCCCUGUUGAAGACUAUGAUUCUGGACAAACAAGUUAGAAGAAAUAGGCACAGUGAUGGACAAGAGUCACCAGCGGCAACAGGGAUGCAAGAAGAAAAAGAAGAAAACAGCCACCACAGUGCAGCAGAAGUGGACAAAUUAAAGGAGAUGCUUCAGCAGCGGGAUAACGAGAUCAGUAUCCUAGUUAAGAUGUUGAAGAAGGAGAAGAAAAGGGCCCAGGAUGCUGCUGCUCAGCUCACUAGCAUCCCCACUGACCAGAGGGCGUCCACGAUGCCACUGCUGAAAGAAGGAAGCGUGGACGCUGCCUCAGAAAACCAUGGUGGACGAGCUGCACAGCACAUGAAGAGAGGUCCACAGCUGUCUAUGGGAAAGAAAGAGGCCUUUGAGACCUUCAUAAGGGACCACAAGGACAAUCUGACCAUUGAAGACAACAAGAGCCUACUCAAACAGAGAUCCGCUGAGACCAGAAGACUGAGAGAGCAACUGAAUGAAUCCAGAGACAGAAUCACUGAGUUGAAGAAGCAGCUAGAGAUGCGGAGGAGACAGAGGGCAGCUCACGGUGUCAUGGGGAAUCACAAAGACUCUGAGGAGGAGGACGACCCUGUGGAAGAAAACCUGCGCAAACACAUUGAGCAAGAAAAGCUGGCCUACAAGAGCACCAUUGACCAUCUUAAAGCACUGAGGACAGAGAUGGAACAUCUGCAGCUGCUGUUGGAAAGGGCAAAGAUCAAGAUCCACAAGGACUUCCAUCAGUGGUGGAGCCAGGAGGCCUCUAGUUUACAGGAAUCUGAGUCAGGGGCCACAGCCAGAUGUCCAGUGGGGUCCCCAAAUGGAGCCUUGCAGCCAUCCUCACCUGGCACUCCAGGAUUUCGUGCUCCUGCUCUGAGCAGUACUAUGAGAGGCUCUCCAGCAGGAGACCCAAAUCCAGACCGUCCCGGUUCCUCUGGUCAAGAGAUCAGAAGCAUCACCCCCAGAAGUGUACCAGCCUGGAAUAACAUUUCCCUGGAUGGAAAAGUGACCGACUGCACUCCUUUGUCUGAGUGGAGGGCCAUUGCCACCUCCACAAUCUCAUCCUCCUCUUUUCCACUGACUGGAGACCAGCAAACUGAUGCUGACAUUCUGGCUUUCAUCAGGGCCAGGCAAAAUCUCUUUAGCAGGGCAGGCCCUCCUUAACAGUGAUCCUCAGUUCUGAGGAAGCUUCUAACAUGUGACUGCUUGUUCAACCUCCAUACCUGCCAGGUGAAAGAAUGAUCCAAAUGUGCAUUAGAUUUGUGCCAGAAGGACUCCAUACAUGCAGUGCUGUUCUCUCUCUCUGUGUCUCACACACACACACACACACACUCACACACACACACACACGCACACACACACACACACACACACACACACACACACACACACACCACACAUGCACAUGCACACGCACACACACACACACACACACACACACACCGCACACCGCACAUGCACACACUUAUUGACUUCCUGGAGAGGAUGCCAGUGAUAUUACGGGCAUCAUUGUAAAUCACAGCCAGCGCCGGCCAUUUGAUCUGAACAAAUGUUUUCUCAAGAUAUCAGAGGAAGGAGCGUGCAACCAGAAACCAGUCGGCUCCAGUACGUGUUUCAAUGUAAUAAAUCAGAACUUUGGAAACGGUCAGCAAAUGCAUUUGAUGUUUUAAUCUGGAUUCACUUCAUUCUGACAUAUAAAAUGUUGUAAAUGUGUCAUAUUUUGUUUGUACAGGAGUAUUCUUUUAUUAUUAUUAUCAUUAUUAAAUUUACACUAAAUAUCAAACCAAAAAUAAACUAACUGUGAGAUGCUUUAA